AUGGCUGGUUUGAGCCAAGGCCAUCAACGUGCUCUCCUCCCUGCCACCGAAUUUCCCUCUGCCCCUAUACCCCGCGUCGUCCUCCCGCGCUACCCCAGAGUCGGCGUCACGACUGCCUGUGAAACCUGUCGAAAGCGAAAGAUCAGGUGCAGUGGGAAUCGACCAAGCUGUAAAGGCUGCAUCCGCGCUGGGUCAGACUGCAACUAUGCGCCCGUAAAUAAAGAUCACGAGUUGCGGCAACGCUAUGAGCAUCUGCACACUGAAAAGACGGAAUAUAAAAGGCUUGUCGACUUGCUACGGUUACGAGACCACAAAGAAGCGGAUGUCAUUCUUGAUAUGCUACGCCAAAACACGAGCGUACACGAGGUUCUUCAACAAGUUGAACACGGUGAUAUGCUGUGCGAACUGUCCCAUGUGUCUGAAGACAGGUAUACUACGUUAUUUCCUAUUUCUUGA